AUGUAUUAACAAUCGUUAGUAUCUACAAUAAAACCACUAACUUAAACAAACCUAAAUAUUUAAUCAUAAUAUGAAUUUAUAGAACCCAUACAAGAUCCUGUUCUAUAAGUUGUAGUGGAGAGAAAUACUAUACACAAUUAUUUUUAAUUAGACUUGGAGCUCCUUUUAUGCUACCUGAAACUACUAAAAAUAAUUAAUUUAGUUUGUUAAAUUGAACGAUGCAAUGAUGUAUUUGUUAACAGGAAAUGUUUUGCGAUUAAUUCGAUUUAUUCUAAGUCUUUAUCUUAUAUUAGGUUUAUGGAAUGUUAAUUUCCCCCCCAAAUUUAUCAGGAUUCUUAAACAUCUACACCAAAGUCUCAUUGCAACCGAUGUUACGUUAUUUUUAGGUUGAAUAGUUAUUGA